GAGCCCGCCCCGCCCUUGGCCAGCCUCUCUUCUAUAAUUACACCGGGGGAGACUGUCAACCAGAGCAACCAGAGCAUGGCGAGUCGAGAGAAGGCGAGCGUCUCGGGCCACAUGUUCGACGUAGUCGUAAUAGGAGGCGGCAUUUCAGGAUUAUCUGCUGCUAAACUGUUAGCUGAACAUGAAGUUAAUGUUUUGGUUUUAGAAGCCCGGGACAGAGUUGGAGGUAGAACAUACACUGUAAGAAAUAAACAUGUUGAUUACGUAGAUGUUGGCGGGGCUUAUGUGGGACCCACCCAGAACAGGAUCUUAAGGUUAUCUAAGGAGCUGGGUUUAAAAACUUACAAAGUGAACGUGAAUGAGCGUGUUGUACAAUAUGUCAAGGGGAAAACUUACCCAUUUCGGGGUGCCUUCCCUCCAGUCUGGAAUCCCAUUGCAUAUCUGGAUUACAACAACCUGUGGCGGACAAUGGAUAACAUGGGAAAAGAGAUUCCAGCUGAUGCACCAUGGAAUGCUCCACGUGCAGAAGAGUGGGACAGGAUUACGAUGAAAGACCUCAUUGAUAAGAUCUGCUGGACACAGACUGCUAAGCAGUUUGCGUCUCUCUUUGUGAACAUCAAUGUGACCUCUGAGCCUCAUGAGGUUUCUGCCUUGUGGUUCUUGUGGUAUGUGAAGCAGUGUGGUGGCACCACUCGGAUAUUCUCCGUUACCAAUGGGGGCCAGGAACGGAAGUUUGUAGGUGGAUCUGGUCAAGUGAGUGAAAAGAUAAUGAGCCUUCUUGGCGACAGAGUGAAGCUGACACGUCCUGUUACCUGUGUUGACCAGUCAGGUGACAACAUCAUUGUACAGACGUUGAAUCAUGAAGUUUAUGAGUGCAAAUAUGUAAUUACUGCCAUCCCUCCGACUCUGACAGCCAAGAUUCACUUUACUCCAGAGUUGCCACCUGAGAGAAACCAGUUAGUCCAACGUCUUCCAAUGGGAGCUAUCAUUAAGUGUAUGAUGUAUUACAAGGAAGCUUUUUGGAAGAAGAAGGAUUACUGUGGUUGUAUGAUCAUCCAAGAUGAGGAGGCUCCAAUUUCGAUAACCCUGGAUGACAGCAAGCCAGAUGGAUCACUGCCUGCUAUCAUGGGCUUCAUACUUGCUCGAAAAGCUGUCCAACUAGCAAAACUCCAUAAAGAUGAAAGAAAGAGAAAAAUCUGUGAGUUGUACUCCAAAGUGCUUGGAUCUGAAGAAGCUUUACAACCAGUGCAUUAUGAAGAAAAAAACUGGUGCGAAGAACAGUACUCUGGGGGCUGUUAUACCGCCUACUUUCCUCCUGGCAUCAUGACUCAAUAUGGAAGGGUGAUUCGUGAACCAGUAGGCAGGAUUUAUUUUGCUGGAACAGAGACAGCCACACAUUGGAGCGGAUACAUGGAAGGAGCUGUUGAAGCUGGAGAACGAGCAGCUAGAUCGAUCUUGUAUGUUAUGGGGAAGGUGGCAAAUCUAGACGUUGAAGAACCUGAAUCAGAGGAUGUUCCAGCUACCGAAAUCAUGUGCACGUUCUGGGAAAGGAAUCUUCCCUCUGUGCCAGGCCUGCUGAAGAUCAUUGGAUUUUCCACAUCAGUGACUGCCCUGUGUUUUGUGGCAUACAAGUUUAGGCUGCUGAAAUGAUCCUGAACUAUAUGCUCUGCUUACUCUUUUCCAGUAUCAUCAGAAAGAAAAUAUUGACAAAUUAAUGGCUGUCUCUCAUUAGACCAUAGUUAAAUGAACUGGAUGUAACCCCUUAGCUUAGUCUGUGUUAAAGUGAAAACAACUCAUGGAAUCACCUCAUUAAAAUCAGUAAGAGCAAGCUCCAUCUUAUUUGUCGGUGUAGAUUAAUUUGUGUUAUUGGUAGAAUACAACCUUGUGAUCAGUUUUUUUAAUUUCGAGUUCAAGCGCUUAUCAGAAACAAUUUCUAUGUUCUGUUUUUUCCCCUUUAACAUAAAAUGCCUGACGAUUGCAGAAAUGAAGCAUUUAACUUUCUGUAGAGGUUAAAUAGGUGACGGCAUAGCCUGUGACUGAUCUUUUCAGUCUUUAGGAAAUGGUGAAGUGUAGGUCCAGAGCUGAGAGGAUCACGGCUUCUUGGGGUGAGCAGUUCUCACUUUGUAUGAGGAAAUAGUACAUGAAAGCGGUAGAGAUAUACCAGUGAGGUGGGGAGGGGCAUUUUGUAGGCUGUUGCCACAGGAGUCUCUGGACCACUUCCGAUUCCUACAGUUUCUAGACAUCUAGUCUCAGUGUUAGCUCACCUGUAUAUUUUCCCCUUUGCUUCUUAAAUAGGACAGUGUUUACCAAAGCAUAAUGAUUAAAUUGACUUUCUGUGACUUUUGUACAGCUCCCCAGGUGAGCAGAGUAAACUAAUGGCAGGACUGUCCCCAAGAGGCCUCGCUGACUAGCUCUACAUGAGGCAUCUUUUCUUCUUCCUGGAGUAUGGCUAGACAUCACUUCACUCAUCAUCGAUGAUAACAUUCUCUACCAAUUUCAGGAAAGCUGUAUUUUCCUUUCUUUCAGGUAGAUCCUGGCUGAAAUUUAUUUUUCUUUUUUCAUAUGACCAUAGUAGAAUUAGACAGGUCUGUUAAUUUAAAUAUGUUUUCAACAUGGUUACCCUAUAGUAAGUGUUAGCAUGCCAGUUUCUCUCAAAUAACUGAAAUAGACAUUAAAAAUUUCAUAUUGUUAUUUGUUGAGACUAUGAGAUACAGAAGGAAAUUAUGGCUAUAUUUUAUAAAUUCACUUGCUUUAGUUAUUAAGCUUUAUAAAAGACAUGAAAUUGAGUGGUUUUACCUAUGAAUACUAAAUUCUCUAAGGAAUUAUGUGGGCCCAGACCAGUACCACCUCUUGUCUUUCCCAUUUUUAAAUUAAAACUAUCAGAUUUUUUAAAAGCCCCUUCCAAAGGUUUCAGCCACAAACUACUUAUUUUUUAAUGUAAAUUCCUGGAUAAAAAUCAACACAUGUGAUCAAUAAAGCAAUUGAGAAGAUUCAGUGGACUCAGGUAUGCAGGUGGUAGACACACAGUAAUGCCUUAUUCUGCAUCAUCAAUGAAUGAACAUUUCAUUUCAAAUGAAGUUUCUAGAUAGCUGAAACUUACUCUUUUAUGUGCCAAAAUUUUUAAAUAAAAAUUUCAAUGAACAUAUUUCCAUAUAUUAUUAAACAAGUUAGAUCCAAUUAAUUUUUUAAUUAAUCAGGUCAGGCAUUAUAUCCCUGAAUUAUUUUAUGCUUUUAUAAUAGAGUGACAUUAUCAUGUUUGCCCUUCUAUAAAAUGUCACAUGAUUGUUUUAUAGCUGCUGAGUAGGCUACUGCUUCUUCUGUCUUCUCUCAUAUUCAGCAUUUUAUUUCAUAUCCUCUUUAUCUCCUAACAUCCCUUAACCUAAUCUAUUUUUUAUUGAAUGGGAAUUAAAGAUUGCCAAAGGAGACUAACCCAAGUUUAUUAUAUAAUUAACCUUAUCAUAAAUCCAAAAUUAAGUUAUGGCCCUGGUGUGAGGACUUAAGAUAUUUGUUUUGCCUAACCCAAGAGCAAAGUGUAGAAUUUUCCUGGUGCUGUUUAACUUUCAUUUGAAAAGUGUUUUUGCUAAGUUAGGAUUUUUGGCAAUGUCUUGGAUAUGCUCUAGUACAUAAGGAAAUGCACAUACACCAAACCACUUACAAAAAUUACAUCCCUGAUCUAUUUCAUUUAUUUCUGUUCACUUACUUAUUAACUUGGUUCUGACAUACCUUUUGGCAAAAAUCUCAACUCGCAAGAGUUUUAACAGUAAUCAGAUUGAUAGCAUAUCCAGAACUUGAAUAUUGAAUAAAUCCUGAGUAUUCAACUACCCUCUUCUCGGCUUUUUAGAAAACCAAUUAAUUUAUUCUAAUUAGAUCAGCCCUAUUAAGCUACAGAUUAUUAAAAUGGAUGCCAGUCCCGAUGUGCAUAAACAUAAAAUCGGAGCUGAGAACUCCCACCAUAUUUUAGCACUAAGUGAUUGUUCAACACUAAGAAAGAUACCGUAGGUAUUUUCUCCAUUCCAGAGAAACUAGUCAAUUUCAACAGCUGAUAGAACAUGGCUCUGUUAAACCAUCUGCUUCACAGUUCUGAAGGCUACCCCAUUGUAGGAUUGAGAAUUAGAUUUUAAAAGUUAUCCUUUUCGUCACAACUGUUAAAUAAGAACGUAUACUAUACUGAAGAAAAAAUAUUGAAGCAUCGUGAACUACAUUUAGUUUGACUAUGAACUUGGUGCCUAGUGUUCUGUCUGAAAUGUGCCCAAGUGCUACUACAUGUGGGAAUAUGCAUGUGUCUAUUUUGCAAUUGAAAUACGAUUUUGCCUGUAUGGUACUGUUUUGUUGGUUAAUAAAGUGCACUACAA